GCAAGUUUGAUUUGUUAAUACUCAAAUCAUCCAACAAAUGUCAAGUUAAUUCAAGUUUAACCUAAGAGGAAAACAAGUGCUUCAACCAAGCUUCACAAAAAGCCUAUUUUUGACCGAGUCGGAUUUGGACAUAAGUUGGACAUAAGUCUAACUAUGCCAAAUCAAGAAUGAAAUUAAGGUUUGACUCAUCUAAAUCGACCCAAACAACUAACAUACAAAUUCUAUGAUUGAUUGGGAAUCAGAAGAAGAUAUUUUAACAUAUCACAGUUUGGUACUCAAAAAACAAAAAAAAUUAGAUUAAGAAGGCAUGUUGUGGCAACAACGUGUUGCUGUGUCUGAAUCGACAAAAGUUUUUCCUUUUCCUUGUUUUUUUUCUUCUUUUAAAAGAAUAUUAAAAAUUUAUCUAUUUAUUUAUUUAUUUGAACAAAUGGGAUGUAUUUUCUAGAAUAGAAACGUGCCAGCGAAAUGCUACGCGCAGGCACGUCUCAUGCACGCAUUUCCCACUUCAUAAUCCGUUGAUACCCGCGGUUUUCCCGCGAAACAUAACCACCUCUCAACGGCCCCUUCUCUUCCCUUCCCCCUCUCAAUCCUCCUCCUCCUCCUAUCCACCACAUCGUCGCCGCCGGACUGAAGCUUUGCGCCAUCCAUCCGCCUCCCGCUUUCGGAUCUCAUCGAGUUGAGUUGGUUGAUGCGGGGGAGAGGACGUUGACGGCGUUUCGUGGGCAUUCUGCGCUCCGGCGAGACUUCUCCGAUCAUGUUGUGCUGCGGAGGAACCGACGAGGAUAUCUACGGCCCUCCGGCCAGCCAGCAUUCCGCCCCACCCAACCGCAAUGUUCCAGGUCGAGACAGAGACCCCAGAGGGGGGCCAGGUGGAGCCAGAGGUGGAGGAGCCCCGCCGAAGGUCCUGCCAAUCGAGAUUCCGGCAAUACCAUUCUCUGAGCUCAGCAAUAUGACCAACAAUUUCAGCGACAAGGCAUUGGUCGGAGAAGGAUCCUAUGGCAGGGUCUUCCGGGCCACCCUCAAAACAGAGGAAGAAGCUGCCAUUAAAAAGCUGGAUCCAAGUGCAUCCAAUGAACCAGAUACUGAAUUUGCCGCGCAGUUAUCAAUGGUUUCGAGGCUCAAGAAUGAGUUCUUUGUAGAGCUGUUGGGGUACUGUCUGGAUGCGAAUAAUCGAAUACUAGUUUAUCAAUUCGCGACCAAAGGAUCUUUGCAUGAUGUUUUACAUGGGAAGAAAGGUGUGCAAGGGGCUGAACCAGGGCCUGUUCUUAACUGGAGCGAAAGGGUUAAGAUUGCUUAUGGUGCGGCAAGAGGACUCGAAUAUCUUCAUGAGAAAGUUCAGCCUCCGAUCGUCCAUAGGGAUGUCAGAUCGAGCAACGUUCUAUUGUUCGAUGAUUUUGCUGCCAAGAUUGCUGAUUUCAAUCUGACCAACCAGUCUCCCGAUACUGCAGCUCGUUUACAUUCGACUCGUGUUUUGGGAACUUUUGGAUAUCAUGCUCCAGAAUAUGCCAUGACAGGCCAACUGACCCAGAAGAGCGAUGUUUACAGUUUCGGAGUUAUUCUUUUAGAGCUACUAACCGGCAGAAAGCCGGUAGAUCACACAAUGCCUAAAGGACAACAAAGUCUUGUCACUUGGGCAACUCCAAGGCUAAGUGAAGACAAAGUUAAACAAUGUGUGGAUCCGAAACUAUAUGACGAUUAUCCACCAAAAGCCGUCGCUAAGCUUGCAGCAGUUGCAGCGCUUUGUGUGCAAUAUGAAUCUGAUUUCCGACCAAAUAUGACCAUUGUUGUCAAGGCCAUUCAGCCUCUUCUUAACGCGAAACCAGGGCAAGAACACCAUAACUGAUGUUGAAGCAUCUUUGAUUACCCUCCUAUCGUCAUCUUGUUUCUUCGCUUCAUCUUGUCUGUUGGUUAAAUUUGAGAAUGGAAUUAGUAAAAUUCAGCAAUUUAAAUGUAGUUGGUGUAACAUACUGAAAUGAAGUAGAAAAAGAUGGGUGGAACUGAAAAUAAAAGUCUUUCAAAAAGGAUUGAACAUAUAUAUCGUUAUAGCUUGUACUGAAAUGACAUUGGUUGCAAAGUAUAAUGUGAAAAACAAGUUGGUAUUU